AUGUUUAAGAGAAGUAUAAGAUGUUUACCAACAUAUAAUAGACAACAAUACAGAUUUUUCUUUAAAGCUGCUCCAUCUCCUGAAGAAACUGCUGCUACUGUUGAAAAAGUUAAAAAGGCUUUACAAGAAAAUCCAGAAUUAAUGAAAUUAACUUUGGAAUUCAAACAAUUAUUAACAAAAAAAGGUUUAAUGAAUCAAUCAAAUUUAAAACCAAGUUUAACAACAAUGAUGAAAUUAUUAAGUGAUUCUGAAAUUAGAGAACAUGGUAAUAAAUUGAAAAAAUUUUUAGAUGAAUCAAAUAUAAAUAUUUCAAAAGAAGAAUUGGCUGUUUUAAAUGGUGCAAUGUUUAAAGGUAAAGAUAUAUAA